GAUAUGUCAAAACCGUUUCACGACGCUGCCAUGUUUGCAUAUUUUCGUCCGAUAAAAGUUUUCCUUUUGUUUACAUCGAUGUGUUGAUACAAAUUGUCGAUUAAAUGCUUCGUGUUUGGUAGUGGAUAAAACAGUGUUGCAUAUACAUUUUACUGUACAGGUGGCCACUGUUAUGGAAUACGUUGCGGUAAAGCCAUUUACAGAACGUUAGCAAACGCUUGAUGUGUGUGUGUGUUUGGCAAGUCAAAGGGGUCGCUGGAUAGGAAAACAACACUUUUGUUAAGAGCUAUAGGAAGGAAGGGCAAUUGCCCGUAGUUUGUUUUUGUAGCAAAAAUUACCUCUAAGAGCAAUGGAGCAAUUAACGACACGGAACAUCGAACUGGAUAAAAUUUGUCGCAUUUGUUUAGUGGUGAAGAAGGAAAUGCGGCCGCUAUUCGGAGAGAUGAUUGCUGAAAUGUUGAUGGAAAUCGCCAAGAUACAGAUUGAACAAAUGGAUGGGUGGCCGGACAAAAUUUGUGUCCAGUGCAUACACCAAGUAAGCCGCUGCCAUGCGUUUAAGACUCGUGUGGAAAAGUCAGAUGUAACAUUGAGACAAUAUAUCAAAGGUAUCACGGUAACCGAGGAUCAAGAUCACAAAGAAUGUAUACAAAAAGAGAUACAAAAUAUAACCCUAAGUCCACCCAAGCUCCAACAAAUGGCUCCGACGAUGAUCGCUCCGCAGUUGCACGAGUUACACAUCCAGCGAACGGAUAUGCAAGCAAUUCAGACUGAAGCUCCACUGGCCGCUCCUGCAAUGAUAUUGACUAGUGCUCAGCUUAUUAAUGCUGGUGCACAAAUUAUAAAUACAGGCCAUAUAAUCACAACGGCUACUGGUCAGCAGAUCAUUCAGACCACACCACAAUUUCAAGCUGCCUCAAUCGGUCAGUUUAUACAAGGUCCAAAUAAUACCGUACAAAUGAUUACUCAGAACGGGCAUCCAGCACACGUACUGCAAAUUCAGCGUACUGCAGAUGAUCGCUGCGAGAUAAUAGUGCAACCAGAAAUGACAGAGGCACAAUACCUGGAAAAUGUUUCAUCAGUUCCCUUGAUGGUCACGGCACCAGCAGCAACUACAGCCAUACCUACCGACGCAAUCCAUGCACAUCAGCUACAUCACCAUCAUCACAUGGCAGUGGAGCAAACGGAGCCCACAGAACUUGAGGAAAGUGAAACAGAAACACAAAUACAUGAGAAGCUGGAAGAGGAUGUUGACUAUUUGUUACCGGAUGAUGAAACAGUCGAGACAGAUGAAAUUAUUGAAGAGACUGGGGGCGUAGAAGAAGGAGAGAUGGAAUAUUAUGCCGAAACAGAAUGUGAGGAUUCGGACGAUGAAGAAAAACUGAUAGCGGAGUUUCUAACCUAUCAGACAUCUUGCCCUAGUCCUGGCCGGUAUGUCUGCAAUCUUUGUCACAAAGAGUUUAAUCAACCGAAAUGGUUGCAUCUUCACAUGUCAUCGCAUACCAACUGGAUAAAGGCGAACUGUAAAAAACAACCAGAAUGUGAAAUUUGCCAUAAAAGUUUUCGGGGCCCGGGAAUGUUGCGAAUGCAUAUGAAAACACAUGAGAAGGUAAACAAAAUACCCACAUGCAGUAUUUGCAACAAAGAGUUUAAAUCGAAAUCGAUAUUGUAUCGCCAUCGACAGACGCAUUUUGAGAAAAAUUUUGAAUGUUCUAUGUGCGAGAAGAAGUUUAGCUCAAAAUACCAACUAAACAUCCACGAGCAACGCCACAAAAAACAGAAAAGUCACAAAUGUCCCCACUGUGACAAGUCAUUCUUCAACGAGACGGAACUGAAGAACCACAUUCAGCACCAUUUGGGAACAAAGAUGAAACAGAACAACAAAAUAGCCAUUAGUAGGAGUUAAUCAGAAGCAAUCUUCUAUCGGCAGCAGUUAAGGAAUAUUAGAUAAAAGCUAAAUAAGUAAAAUUCAAAGUAGAAAACAUUUACCACAACAACAUAUGAAACAAACGGAAAACCAACACACUUUUGAGAACAUGAUAGCACAUCAAGAGCUUAUCGAACAGGUUUCGAGAUCUUAGCUAAAUACCCCUUACACAGGGUAUGAGUCUCACAGGAUGUGCAGAAGAUUAACAUUUUCUAACGUUUGUCUUAUCGUGGGUUUUCUGUAGUUUCCUUAUCUAACUGGUGCAAUUGCUACGGUUCCAGCGAACAUCACAAAGGGGCCACACUGCAAAUUUAGUUAUAAUUUAUCUAAAUAAAGCGUCCUCAUUAAUAGCCAAACAUUUUAAGCUACUGAACGAAUCGCUUACUUAUUGAAUUCAAUGAAUUAUACUGCGUGUCUACAAACAAUUUGCGUUUAGUUAACGAAUGCAUAUUUAAGAGCAGUGAAAUAAAGCGGUAUGGAGAGAUCGAUAAAAA